GUUUAUUAUGAUUUUUGAAGUUCUUGAAUUAUUUUUAAACAGAUGAAAAAUAGGAAGGGCUAAAAUGUCCAACAAUAAAAAUAGUUUACUGCGUGUAACGCAGAUGAAUGCUGUAUAUUUAGACCAAGAAAUUUAUAAGUCCUUAUAUCAGAUAUUUACUAAUGCAACCAGAAAUUUGCCACCUGGAAUACUUGCCUCAUAUGAAUCGGAGCUUAAUUUAAUUCUUCGUUUUAUGCUCCUUAACAAUUCCAUAGUUAAAAAUGGAUGUACUUUUGGACAACAGCUUCUAUCUAUAAAAUAUGAGGAUAUAGGCACCCUUCAAAGAGUACUAUAUUUACUUGGACAUUGUUUGGAUUAUGUAAAAACUAAAUUUGAAAUUUGGAAGCCGUCUCAUGACUUAAAUAACACAUUUUACAAAAUUUACUUGGUUACAAAACUUCUAGAUUUUAUCAAUCUAUCUGUAUUUUUAAGUAAUGGUGUAAAACCUCUUUUAAUAGAAAGAAUCCUUGGGCUAAAUCAAGUUUAUGCAACUGAUAAUGCACAAAGACAUUUCGAGUCUAAAUAUUUAGCAAGAGAAUUGCUUUGGAAUGGAUUUAUAGAAAUAAUAGUUUAUGUAAUCCCACUAAUAAACUAUCAUAAACUUCGCAGGAUGGUUAGAAAUUUUAAUCCCUUCCAUGUCAAAAAUGAUUACUCCAUUUUACCAAACAAAGGCAUGACAAUGCAUACAAAAUGUGCCCAUUGUGGAGAAAACCCUAUUUUACCGCACCAUAUGGGCUGUAAUCACAUUUUCUGCUAUGUAUGUUUAAAGGGUAACCAGAUUGCAGAUACAAUGUUCGAAUGUCCUCGUUGUGAACAUAAAAAUGCAAGUACUGUUUGUAUUCGGGUAACAGCUGCGUGAUGGCCUAUUUUUGGGUAGUCUUGGUAUUAAGGUGUACUUCCAAUACAAAAGUUGUGAAGUUGUAUAAAGUAAAUUAAGUUUCAAGAUUUUUAAAAUAAGGUUAGUUUUUACUCCUGUCUAUAAAGUAUUUUAUUAAAAAUAUUACUAAUA